AAAGGAUGGAGAGAGAGAGAUCGCCAUUAAAAUCCUCUGUUUUUCACACUCUUAGAGAGAGAAACCCACUCUUGGAAGAGAGAGAAAGGGACAAUGGCGCCUCCAUCUACGCUUCUGUUGCGCAGCUGCUCCUGCUUGGCGCUGAGCCACCCGCCGGGGCGGCGCCGUGCCUCUCCGCUCGCUCCUCCUCCUAAUCCAUCGACGAUCGUUGCUUCCUUCUCCUGUUAUAACAAGACUCAUCAGAAGCUUUUUAGCAAAAGUGGUGGCUCGGCUCUGGCCUCCAUCUCCGGCUCAGCGAACCGGAGCCGAGCCCUGGCUGUAGACUCUGAUCAGCGUGGCUCAGCCGUUGCAGUUGAAACGGAGAAGAAGGCAGUCAAAUACCAUUUUGUGGUGGCAAACGCAAAAUUCAUGCUAGAUGAAGAGGAACAUUUCAAAGAACUUUUGUGUGAGAGGCUUCGACUCUAUGGGGAGAGGCAAAAGGAGCAAGACUUUUGGCUAGUCAUUGAACCUAACUUCUUACAAAACUUUCCCAAGCUCACUGCUCGAUUGAAACGCCCUGCUGUUGCCCUUGUCUCAACAAAUGCUACCUGGAUCACGUUUAUGAAGCUAAGAUUAGACAGAGUUUUAUCAGAACAGUUUGAAGCUGAGAGCCUAGAGGAAGCUUUGGCCUCAAACCCAGUCGAUCUCAAGUUCGAGAAACCCGAAAAUUGGGUGGCUCCAUAUUCCAAAUAUGAAUAUGGAUGGUGGGAGCCAUUUUUACCACCCCAAGCAAGCAAAAAAGAUGCAUAAAAUCUCCAUUUUUUUACCUGGUUCUAGUUAUUUUUGCUAAUGCACUUUGAGGAAGUUAGGCAGAGCUUAUAAUUAUAGCUUGUAAGUUAUUUGUCCGUGUUCCAUGACAUAGAGCAUAGUGGUAAGUGAAACCAAGGCUGCUGGUGAAUCACAAGGGUUACUUUGGUCGGUUUUUCUUAAUAUGAGAGUUAUUUUCUAAUGCGUAA